CUCUGUAGUGUCGUGCUAACAAAUAACUAGCUAGUAGUUUCACAGUAGCUGAGUGACAUUAACUGACUUGUCAGCUGUAACUACAUUUAACUUGGAAGAAUUCGCUCCUGUUUGUGCUUCGCUUGCUAACAUUAGCCAUCGCCUCGAGUGGAGAAUCUGACAAUUAAGCCAACACAAUGAGGCUGGUGAUUCUGGACGACUAUGACCUGGCCAGCGAGUGGGCUGCAAAAUACAUCCGCAACAAAAUCAUUGAGUUCCAGCCCUCCGCCGAGAGGUGCUUCACUCUGGGUUUACCUACAGGGAGUACCCCCUAUGGCUGUUACCAGAAGUUAAUAGAAUACUACAGAAGUGGAGAUAUGUCAUUCAAAUAUGUGACGACCUUCAACAUGGAUGAAUAUGUAGGUCUGCCUCGUGCUCAUCCAGAAAGUUAUCACUCCUACAUGUGGAAUAACUUCUUUAAGCACAUCGACAUUGAUCCAGCCAACGCUCACGUCCUGGAUGGAAACGCAGAGGACCUGGAGGCAGAGUGUCGGGCCUACGAGCAGAAGAUCACAGAGGCUGGAGGGAUCGAGCUGUUUGUAGGAGGUAUUGGCCCCGAUGGUCACAUAGCAUUCAAUGAGCCAGGUUCCAGCCUUGUUUCCAGAACCAGAGUGAAAACACUGGCUAAGGACACCAUUGUGGCCAAUGCUCGUUUCUUUGGCAACAACCUCUCCAAGGUUCCCACCAUGGCUCUGACUGUGGGCGUAGGAACUGUCAUGGACGCCAAGGAGGUGAUGAUUCUGAUCACAGGAGCACACAAAGCCUUCGCUCUAUAUAAAGCCAUAGAGGAGGGAGUGAACCACAUGUGGACUGUAUCAGCAUUCCAACAGCACCCGUGCACCAACUUUGUCUGUGAUGAAGACGCCACCCUGGAGCUACGAGUCAAAACAGUCAAAUACUUCAAAGGUUUAAUGCAUGUUCAUAAUAAACUGGUGGACCCGGUGCUCAGCAUAAAGGACCAGUGAAGGACGAGAAGUUAAGAUAAGACGGUGAAAUCUCACGAGUGGACAGCCGUGUCCCUCUGGUGGAUACUGUUACUGCACAGACCACAACUGCACUUGGAUAAUGUCACAGAUAGUUAAUGACAGGUAAAGGAUGUAAGGAGAUAUCCCCUCAGAUGUUCUUUGUUCAGCACUUUGCAUUUAAAGGGAUGGUACCAGUUCACCUUUUCUAAUCACUGCUGGUUUUUUUUCUUCUUUUUUGCUCUGUAUGAGAAGUUUAAUAGAUUUCAAGUCAUGACAGCCUUCCAUGUGUUAGGUUCAAUCUCUGUUCUCUGUGGAUGAUACAGUACUGAUAUAAAGAAAAGUUAUCAAAUAUAUGCUUUUGCUAACUUUUCUUCAUGUUAGCUUAGUUCUUUCAUCAAUGUUUCAUCACCCAAUUCCUGAUUGGACAGAGGAAACAAAUACUGUGUUUAUUGCUAAUAUCCAAUUAUUAAACUUACUUAAUACAAAUACGUGUCAUCAUAAGUGACCUUUGACGUUGAUUUUGUUUGAUUGAAUGUCUGUAUCCAAGGCAUGUGUACUGUGUACUCCUCCCAGCACACGGCUGCACAUUAAACAAGCCAAACACAGUUUAAUGUCACAGAAUAACACAAAAUAAUGACGAUUGAAUCUUUGUCUGCACGUAGGAUAAGUGGCUCCACUGCAGCAGUUGUCUGUCCCACCUCUGGAAUCCUGUCCUGUGCAUGUGAACUGUGAUAGUAUAGUACUAAUAGUACUGUUGUAGUAUCAGACAAGUGCAAAGUAGAGCUUAAUGGCAUUAUUAACCCAGGUGGCUAUCAAAUCACUGUUACAGUUGGAUUGAUGAUCUAUUCAACACUUCUCUUGUAUAGUCGGUUUCUUGCAGCCGUUACUUAUUUCCAGUGUGAAGUUCUGUUGUUGGUAUCACUCCUCCUGUUCAUCAGGUUACUCCUUUGUCAGUGUUUUUGCACAUUUACUAUAGUUUUUAACAGUUUUUUUCUAAUGACAAUAAAACGUUUGCUACCAAUA